AUGGCCCAUGCUCCACCUUCCCCUUUGACCCCCAGCAACAUUCCCCGCAAUUUAAGCUACAUCGCCGGCUUGUACGAGAGGGCCUAUUAUCGCACAGCCCGUCCGAGCAUCGCAGAGGAUUCGGGAACCGAAGGUUCCGAAUCCGAGUCCGAGGGCAGGCCGCGAGGCAGGACCCAGAGGAGACGUCGCCAUCUCUUCCGGGGGCCCAAAAGGAAUGGAAGACGCCGGACUCGCUCGGCCCCAGCUCAGGGUAGGAUACGAGGAGCAUCACGCAGCCGUAGCCCCGGGACUCGCAAGAGGGUGCGCUUCGCCGAUUCCUUGGGCCUGGAGUUGAUCAGUGUGCGGCAGUUCUGGCCCAACGACCUCCCGCAGGUGCCAGAGAGGGUCCACAACCAGCUGAGGCGCGACUCGCUCAGUCACUUUGCGCCGUGUCUGCCGUUCUGCCCGCCAGUGAAGGAACUUUUGAACCUGCAGACUCGGCUGCUGGAGCCGACGUUCCCAGAUCCUCUGAGCAUGCCCGAUUUCCUGCCUCGUCUUCUGGCUCAGUGUGUGCUGCUGGAGGGCGUCCGGGCCGAGGGUUCCUGCGUUUCUGGCACCAUCCGCGUGCUCAACCUGGCCUAUGAGAAAAGGGUCUCUGUGCGAUAUACCUGGGACUUUUGGGCUACCGAGCACGAAGUUCGUGCCUCUUACGCCGCCCCUGCAGGGCGGGAUCGGGACCACGCCGACCGUUUCGCCUUCCGCCUGCCUCUGCCAGUCCCACUCGCCGCGGGGGUGGUACUCGAGUUCGCCCUCUGCUACCUGGUGGGGGGGAAGGAAUUCUGGGACAACAACCAUGGACGUAACUACUGUCUGCGGCCGCCUCCUUGCGUGGCCGAGGAAGACGAAUUCCCCAGCCCCAUUCAAGAUUGCUGUGAAACUGGCUGGAUACACUUUCUGUAGGCAAAAACUCUGCCUCCAGGAGAGAAGAAAAGACGGGGAGACAUGCUGAACUUUAAGUUUGAUAGGAAAAGUCGAAGAUCAAGGUUGAAACUCAAAGGUACAUAGACAUGUGGGCACACACCCACAAACACACCAGAAUUUGACUCAAGACACUUGGAUUUGCUUCCCGUUUCCCAGCAGGCUUUUCACUGAACCGAAAUCCACUGCUUGUAGCUUUCGCAAUCUCCGACAGAGCAUUCACACAACCCCUGAAAUUGCCAGGAGGACCGCUCUUUGUUUAAACUUGCUGACUUGCUUGCAAUCCAAAUCCAGUGUCGAUGUUGAGCAGGGACGUCGCCCUAUGGGGUGGGGGGAUAAAGGGCAGAGAUGCCCGUGAGAAAAGGGAAUUAAAAAAAACCCUCAAAAUGCUAGCCACAACGAUGUCAUCAAAGAUCUGAGUUCCGCUCUCCCGUCUUGUAAACUAACCUUGAUACCCAGGAGAUUUUGGAGAGAAAGGGAUCAGAACAAAAGAGAAUAAGAGCAGAGCAGACGAAGAUGAUUUGGGGACUGGAGGCAAAAACGAAUAUGAAGAAUGUCGCAGGAACUGGGUAGGUCUAGUUCAGGGGUCAGCAACCUGCGGCUCUGGAGCCGCAUGUGGCUCUUUCACCCCUCUGCUGCAUCUCCCUGUCACUCAAAAUAUGUGUCACAACUGCCAAUAUACAACACCCGCCGGCAUGCAAUUUAUUGAGCUUUUCAAGAUCCAGUAGGCCAACCAUGGAUAAAUCCAAGAAGAGAAAAGUUUUAGAAGAAAACAGAACGUUUAAUUCAAUUACCAUGUUUCCCUGAAAAUAAGACCCUGUCUUAUAUUUUUUGAACCCUAAAAUAAGCGCUUGGCCUAAUUUUCAGGGAGGUCUUAUUAUUUUGGGGCGCGUGGAGAAAGACGUGGCUCCACUUGCCAUCUUACCUGAUUUCCAGCUCUUAAAGCUGUCAGAAUAUUUUCAGGGAGGGCUUAUUUGCAGGGGGCAGGGGAGAGGUGCAUGCACUCAAAAGCCCGAUUGAGCUUAUUAUCAGGGGAUGUCUUAUUUUGGGGGAAACAGAGUACAUAUGCUAGUUUUGUGGCCGCUCAAGAAAUAGUCAGGCACGGGAAGGGUUUUGUGACUCCCAGUGUUUUCUUUUCUGUGGGAAACGGGUCCCAAUGGCUCUUUGAGUUUUUAAGGUUGCAGACCCCUGGUCUAGUUUAAUGAAAAGGACUAGGGGUGACAUGAUAGAAGUCUUCUAAUGUUUGAGAGUCUGUCACGGAGAAGAUGGGGGGGGGGAUCAACCUGUUCUCCAAAGUACCUGAAGGCAGGAGAAGAAGCAACGGAUGGAAACUAAUCAAGGACAGAAGCAACCUAGAACUAAAGAGAAAUGUCCUGAUCGCGAAUACAAUUAACCAGCGGAAUGGCUUGCUUUCAGAAAUUGUGGACGCGCCAUCACUGGAGGCUUUUAAGAAGAGAUUGGACAACCCUGUUGUGUCUGCGCCCCCCGAGCCGGGCCUCCUGCCAAAAAGUGACUUGGACAGUGAGGGGGAAGGGCCAUCAGGACUUACCUCAGGAGCACCGGCUUCCCUGGCUCAGCUCCAGGAGUCAGAAACAGGCCAGGUGGAAGAGAUAACGAGGCCUCCGUCCCCUGACUCUUUCCUCCCCCCAGGCCACGCCUUCAGACCUGGCUGAUGGCAAUCAGGCUUGGUUGGACCCUAGGUUUCGUAGGCAGGAGAGGAAGGAACAAGAGGAAGCAGGGGUGGGGCAGGCCUAGGAAGUGCUGAGUCAUGGAGCCACACCCCACAGGAUAUAAAUAAUUUGUCUCUUCGUAGCAGGCAAAUCAACUGAGUAACUAAAAGCUGAAGUUUGUUCCUGGGUGACUCAUCGGCAUCGAGGGAGAUAACAGAGACACUUGGCAGACGCUCGCUAUUUUGCUGCCAGAGCUGAUAGUACCGGCUAAUUAAGCCAUCACUCGGACGGAGGCGAAGGAGGACAGAACAAACCCUUUGUCUGGAAUGGUGUAGGGUUUCCUGCUGGAGCAUGGGGUUGGACUAGAAGGCCUCCAAGGUUUCUUUCCAACUCUGCUAUUCUAUUAUGUUGCCCACCUUGUACAUCGGGGGGGGGGGAAACCCAGAUCCAUACCCAUGUGGAUGAAAAAACAGAUUUUAUUCAAUUUCCUGUUUUCCUCGCCUUGGGAGGAAUCUCCAUUCCAAGGGACUCAUUCGCACAUGUUGUUUCCUCCUUUUUCUGCAUGAAUGAAUGUAUUCACACUUCUCGUCGCAUCUUAUGUUAUUUCUAUGCUGGCUGGUUAAAGGAGAGGGGGAAAAAAAUCACUCUUGUUAUUCCUGACGCGGCGUUUCUUAUUAUUUUCUUCUUUUUUAAAAAAAUUAAAUCUUAUCGAUUUUCAACCCUUAAAAAGCAAAAACGUUAAGUUUAAAAAAAAAAAGGUUUCUUGUGCAUGACUGUGACCAUUUGCAUAGCAUAUCUCUCCAAAAUACUUAUACGCUAUACAAUUGACUUAAAUCUAAUUCUACUUUG